GCAAAUCAACUGUUUGCCUUUUCUUCAGACAUUUAUUUGGCCGUUUCUUUCGAUUCGUUGUGAAGUGAGUGCUCGUUAAGCAACGAAAAAGAGAUGCAGUGCGGGUUAGUCAUCCUUUUCGCCGUCAUCGCCACAGCAGCGGGACAAGGCAAGUCAUCAGACCAGGACCAACGGGACGCUCCAGUGGAGUGCAAGUCGAACCGGGACUUUUUGCCGGACCCGUACCAGUGCGACAAGUACUACGAGUGUACUGACAACGGGCCCACCGAGCGCCUGUGUCCCGACGGACUCGUGUUCGACGACACCCGUGGCGGGGUCGAGCGAUGCGACUACCCCUUCAACGUCGACUGCGGCAACAGGCUCGAGCUCCAGCCGCCGACUUCGGGCAGCCUGGAGUGCCCCAGGAUGAACGGGAUCUUUGCCCACGAGGACCCGUCCGUGUGCAACGUGUUCUACCUGUGCGUCGGAGGAGUGCACCAGACCUACACCUGCGACGGGGAACUCCACUUCAACGAGUACACCGGCGUCUGCGAGUGGGAGAACGUGGCUGGGCGUGCCGGCUGCCAGGUCAAGCCCAGGCGAGACAGGGCGAAAGGGAGAGCGAAAGAACUUGUUAUUAAUGAAUAA